AGGCAAUGCAUCCAAGGACCACAUUGCAAACUUUAUAAAAAGCAAAAGAAGAAAGACAGCAUUCCUAACAAAAUAUUAGUAGCCUGAAAAACCACUCAAUCAAUCCAGUGGGCAAGUGGAUUUCAUGUACUGGUCUUCAUACUUUAAAAUACUAAUAAAUUUAUAAAGCAAUAAAAGCCAUUUUUAAAUAUACAAAAUUCCUUUUUUUAAAUCCACGUGGCAGGAGAAAUAAACGUGUAUCAGACACGUGGCAGAUUCUCAGUCCAGAAGUAUAAAAAGGCAAGCAACCCAGAACUCUGCUCAUCUUAAUCACGAACCGGGUUCGGUGAACGGAUCCGCAAAUGCCCGACCAAACUAACCACGCCGCCACCUCCGCCGCCAGCAACGUUAACGGGUCGGAUCACGGCAGGAUACGCAUCUCACUGGAUCUCGUCACCGCCUCAAGACGUCACCUCUCGUUCCUCCGCUCCGGCUCGGCCACCGUUUUCCACCCCCGUUCCAUCCAACGGUAUGAGGAGGUAUGGCUGCCGUUGAUUUCGGGUCUCGUUAUCGGAUCUUCAUCGCCGCCGUCGCUUCUCCCGCCACCCGAUGUGCACUGGGUCUGGCUCUGCCACUGCUUCGAUCCGCCUCGGUAUCGGGACUACUGCGUGUCGAGAUUCGGGUUCCUCAUCGACCGGCCGGCCAUCUUCGAUGACGAGAAUGAGGACUACGCUCUCAGCCGCUGCCGUGAGAUCUGGGAGCUUAGAUACCCAUCGGAGCCGUUCGAUCUGGAGAUCAGCACCGCUUCCGAGGAGCCGCUGGACGGUGGAGAUGUUUUGGCGAGGAUCAGAAGGCAUGCGUCCCUCGCUGCCAACUUCUCUGAUCCCUUCAUGGCUGAGACUGUGUACCUCGUCGCUGCGAAGCGCCGGUACUUGGAUUUCUUGCGCCUUGUGAAGAGCUUGCCGGCUAAUGGCUUUCGGUUGGUACCCACGUCGGAUGUUCUUCUCAUGUGGCUCACUCAUCAGAGCUUUCCAGGGAGCUAUGAGAGGGAUUUGAAGGAACUGGGAGAAUUUGAAGAGAGAGCGAUGGGUUUCGGGGUUGAGACGUCGGAGGAGGAGAGGGAAUCGACGAGAAGAGCGUGGGAGGAGGCUUUUGAUGAGCCAUAUGAGCUUGCCGGGAUGGUAUUUGAUCCGAGGAGAUCGCCAGCGAGGGAGUUCUUCAACUGGGCUACUUGGGACGCCGACCUCAAUCGGAAGUACAAGAGCCUCCAUCCUCGCUUCCUCUUGGAGGUUUGUGUCUUUCUCAAAGGAAAAUGGGAAAGUAAGGAAGGAAAAGAUGUGAACAAGAUGUUCAUGCGCCUUAAAACUGUUCGGUGUCACAGAGAGAUGAAGUUAGAGAAGCCCAUUGCCAAAUUACAAUUCAAGAAUUGGCAGAGGAUAUGGCAGCUAUACUGCGAGUUUGGUACUAGAGGCAUUGUGAUAGAGGUUCGGAACCAAAGAAGUAAUUGUAUAGGCAACAGCAAAAUGCUUAAGCAAGUAGUUUUCUGGUGGAAUGACUUGUUACGGGUAACAUCUCUUACGCUAACAAGAGAACUCAAUGUGCAAAUGAGAGCAAUGGCUUCGAUUACGCCUCCUGUUCAGGCUCCAUACUUCUUGAAGUGUGUGCCCGAUAGAGUGACUGAUGAUAGUGGUGCCAUGAUUUCAGAUGUAAUACUUAGGAUGAAAGAAUAUCACCCACAAGAGGGUCGUUGGUUAUCUCGCACAGUUCUUGAUCAUGCAGGAAGGGAGUGUUUUGUAGUGCGGAGCCGAGUAGGCAGAGGAUUUUGGAGGAGAGGAGGCGAAACUCCAACAGCAGUAAAAUGGGAGGAUAGAAUCAUUGAAGUACGGGAAGGCCCGUGGUCAUAUGUUGCAAGUUCUGUUGGCUCAGCACCUGACAAUGUUGUCGGCACGGCGGCACCGAAAAAGGAAGACUUGCAAGAUAAGAAAACGAUUUGGUGUCUAUCAUCAGGAGAUGUACUCACAAUAGAAUGGGGAGAUGGGCUCAACUUUUUGCUAGAAAAUGAAAACUCUUCUGAGUCGGCAAGUUUGCACAUAGGAAGAAAACUGCAGUACCAAAUGAAGGAACAGAGAUCAAUUGAUGAAACAAACGAGGAAGAACAUUAUGUGACACUAAUUCGAUUCUCCCCGGAGAACCCCGAGGGGAAGGCAACAGCUCUCAUAAACUGGAAGUUAUUCGCGAUGGAGUUCCUACCAGAAGAAGAUGCAGUAAUAGUGUUACUUCUGUGCGUGGCCAUUGUCCGAACAAUGUCUGAAGUAAAACAAGAAGAUGCAGGCGGCUUAUUAGCUCGUCGGAGAGUGAGAGAAGUUAAAACAGGAUUGAGAGACUGGGGGUCAAUAAUGCUAUCUUCACCUUCAUCAUCAUAUUCAUCUCCUCAUGUAAAACCCUGGUACUGGAAUGCCAGUGAAGUAUUAGCUUCAGCAGAAACAUAUGCCGGAAUUCAGCAUCAAACACACAGAAAUUCUCCAUCUGAUGGCAAGGAUGAAUUAUACAAACAGUCUGUCAUACCUUAACAAAAUAAUACUUCAAUUCUGUUUAUAUAGUUUAAAGAUUGAUACAUUCAUGGAGAUGUAUUUUAUCAUAAUCCAAUGUUUCUGCAAUAAUAUACAAAAUAAUUGUUGAA